AUGCUCAGACAAUCGCUCGCCUCGCCAUUGCGAUCGCUCUACGCCGGCUCGGCCGCUAGAACCAUGCUCCGCCAGCAGGUUGGCCAGCAGGUCCGUAUGAACUCGACCGUCAACACCAUCGUUGCCAAAGCCAACGGCGUCGUCAGCCUUGCAAAGACCGCCGCCGACGAGACCCUCUACUGGUCCAAGGUCAUCGCCGAAGUCGCCAAGCAGGUCUACCUCAAGGAAGGCCUCGCGCCCCCCUCCGUCGAGACCUUCAAGUCCACAUACCUUUCCUUCUCGCAAAAGUUCCUUUCCAAGCUCGCCUCGCCCGAAGCCGUCAUCGACUCGGCAAAGUCGAUCGACCGCCAGACCGUCUACCGCUACACCGCCUACGGCGUACAGAUUGUCGGUUUCUUCUCCCUCGGCGAGGUCAUUGGCCGAAGAAAGUUGGUCGGAUACUAA